AUGGAGGAGUUGGCUAGAGAGAGCAUCAGCUUGUUGGCCAAGCCUACUUUGGAGUCCGAUAGCCCAAGUCUCUCUUCGGCUGGGGCUGUCUUUAUCAUGCUGAAAUCUGCCCUGGGAGCAGGGCUCCUCAAUUUCCCCUGGGCGUUCAAUAGGGCUGGAGGAAUCGCCCCCUCUGUCCUUGUGGAGCUGGGUUCUUUGAUCUUCCUGAUUAGUGGCUUAGUGAUCCUGGGUUAUGCAGCUUCCAUCAGUACCCAGACGACGUAUCAGGGCGUGGUGAGAGAGAUCUGCGGGGCUGCCGUUGGGAAGCUUUGCGAAGUCUGUUUCAUCCUGAACCUCUUUAUGAUCUCAGUGGCCUUUCUCAGAGUUGUGGGAGAUCAGUUAGAGAAAUUGUGUGACUCUUUCUACCCCAAUGAAACCCUGAGCGGAGGGGCUUCUCGCCAGCACUGGUUCACGGACCAUCGCUUCACCUUGUCUGCCCUGUGCGUCCUGGUGAUUUUCCCCCUCUCCAUCCCAAGGGAAAUUGGAUUCCAGAAGUACACGAGUAUUCUUGGUACCUUGGCAGCUUGCUACCUGAUGCUUGUCAUUGUCAUAAAAUACUACCUCCGAACCGAUCACGUUGUCAAGCAUGAACACCACCGUUCCCCUGGGGCUUCCUCUUGGGCCUCAAUGUUCAGCGUUAUUCCGACAAUCUGUUUUGGGUUUCAGUGCCACGAAGCCUGCAUCGCCAUCUACUGCAGCAUGAGCAAUAAGAAGCUCUCCCACUGGGUUGUGGUGUCUGUGAUGUCCAUGCUGUUCUGCUUGCUUAUUUAUUCCCUGACAGGGCUUUAUGGCUAUUUGAUGUUUGGUGCUGAUGUUGCAGCUGACAUCCUGAUGUCCUACCCAGGCAAUGACGUGGUGGUCAUCAUCGCCCGGCUCUUGUUUGGCAUCUCCAUCAUCACCAUCUACCCCAUUGCCCUUCUCCUUGGAAGGUCAGUCCUGCAGGAUGUCUGCUUGAGUUCCAAGCACAGCUACGUCUUGACAACGGAGCCCUACGAGAAAUGGUUGCGUGUCCUGCUGACGACCGUGUGGGUCGUAGUAACGCUGAUCAUUGCCUUAUGCGUCCCAGACAUCAGCAAAGUCAUCGGCGUCAUUGGAGGCAUCAGCGCUUUCUUCAUCUUCAUCUUCCCAGGGCUGUGUUUAGUCUGUGCGAUGGAGACGGAACCUAUCAAGCCCAGGACUAAGUCCUGUCUAAUUACCUGGGGAAUUGUCACCGUCCUUUGCGGCGCCUUCAUCUUUGGACAAAGCACAACCAUCGCUAUCAUGGAAUUGUUACACAAGCUGUAG